AUGAGUUCGAUCACGAAAAGCUAUUGGGCCCAAUGGGACAGCUUGCUGAUUCAGGAUGGAGUCCUGUGCCGUAAAUGGGAAAAUGGUCGGAGAGACAGUUGUCAUUUGCAAAUGGUUGUCCCUAAGGCUAAAGUACCGGAUGUUCUCCAGCUGUACCAUAGUGGUUGUUCAGGAGGCCACCUGGGAGUUAAACGAACUCUCCUGAAGAUCCGAGAACGGUUUUACUGGGUCCACUGUCGUGACGAUGUCGAGGACUGGUGCCGCAAAUGUACAAGUUGUGCGGCUGUAAAGGGACCUCAAAUUCGUAGUAGAGGCGCAUUGAAAUUGUACAAUGUUGGUGCACCAUGGGAGAGGAUAGCCAUUGACGUUGCGGGGCCGUUUCCGGAAAGUGAAAGUGGUAACAAGUAUUUCAUGGUUGUGAUGGAUUACUUCACUAAGUGGCCAGAAGUCUUCGCCAUUCCAAAUCAAGAAGCUUCAACAGUUGCAGAUAAACUAGUUCAUGAAGUCUUCUGUCGUUUUGGAGUACCUUUAGAGAUUCACAGCUAUCAAGGAAGGAAUUUUGAGUCACAAAUAUUCCAGGAAACUUGCCGAGUUAUGGGUACUCAGAAAACACGAACAACUUCUUACCACCCACAAUCUGAUGGAAUGGUAGAAAGAUUUAAUCAGACAUUGGAGAGGUACCUAGCAAAAGUUGUGGAAAAACGGCAACGAGACUGGGACAGGCACAUACAACCGUUUUUGUUGUCAUAUCGAAGCGCUGUUCACGAAAGUACAUCAGUGACACCAGCUUUCGCAAACUUUGGGAGAGAAUUGCGGUUGCCUGCAGACCUGAUUACCGGAAUACCACCUGAUGCCCCACGCAGUAUAACCGAUUAUGCAAAUGACUUGCGGAACAAAAUGAAUGACAUUUAUGAGCACGUCAGACAGACGGGCCAGCAAACGUCUGAGAAGAUGAAAACACGGUAUGACCGCAAAAUGAACAACAAGGGCUUUGAUAAAGGUUCACUAGUGUGGUUACACAAUCCAGUUCGCAGCAAAGGAAAAUCUCCUAAGCUUCAAGCUAAAUGGGACGGACCGUACCGGAUUGUGACAAGGAUCAAUGAUGUAACCUACCGGAUACAGAAAGGUGCCAGAGGUACUCCUAAGAUUGUCCAUGUGGAUCGACUGGCGCGUUAUUAUGGGGCCAAUAAUGCUCGGGACGAGCAUGUCUUAGGAGAGGGCAGUGUUACGCGCCACUAUUAA